AUGACUUGGUUGAGUUGCUCUUCAUUAUUAAUUACACUCUCUCAUCAAUUAUCUAACAAGAGCAAGAAAGAUAAUUGCUCACUUGAAUUAAUUGCAGUAAAACAUUUAGAUUCAUUGAACAUCAACGACGAUGACGACGAUCAUCAUGAUCAUGAAAGUGACAACACUAUUAAAACAAAUAGUCAAGAACAAUCUUCUUCUUGUUCUUCAACUUCAACUUUAACAAAUACCUGUACCGAUUUAAUUACAAAUACAACAACUUCUACUACAACUACAACAACUAUUACUAAAAAAGAAGAAAAGAAAAAGAAGAAGAAAAAUGAACGAAUUACAAAGAAAAAAAAGAUUGGGUUUAUUGAACCAGGUACAAUUGUUGAAGGUGUCAAUGAUGAACAAAAUUUCCAUUACCACUAUGGUCCUGUCGUCAAUGUAAAAGGUGUUGAUACCUCUAAACCAUGGACUGAAGAAAUAUUGGGUCAAUAUUUAAAGGAUGCUGGUUUUGUUAGAGGUUCGGCUAGCUCAGCAAGUAAAAAGGCUCAAAUUACACCAAAUUUCAUUCAAUUCUCAGACAAGUUAGGACAAAUUAUUUGUUGUGUCAAUGGUAUCUGUAAUAGUCAUCCCUUUAAACGUCUCAAACUAACUGGAAAUGGAAAGAUUGACUUGGAGAAUGCAUUGUCUGCCAUUGGAUCAUUUGAAUUGUUUGAAAAGACUCAACCAAGAUUACCACCAUCCUAUACCACCAUGACAACUCUGUUUGUAGUUGCAGCCUAUAUUAUGGGUCUACCUGGAUUUGGAGCUGGUCCACUACCCAACAUUGUCAAGCAUACAUUGGUCAAGAUGAACUCAGAGAUACCACGUGGAGGACACUACCUAUUGGUCAAGAUUCAUUACUCUCUCAAUCUAUUUUAUGCUGAAGUCGAUCAACACUACGACGUUGUAUGGGAUCAAUCCAUGUUGACAAAGUUUCUCCUUGGAAACAACGAGUCAAUUGAAUCUGCACUUCAAGAGAUGGGUCGUGCCAUUCUACCUUUUUGGGAUAGUGAUGAGGGAUGGUCCGAGAAUUUAUCACAAGCUUUAUUUAUGGCAACACUUUUGGCAUUUCAAACUGGAAUCAACAACUAUGUCUAUCCACCAUCGAUCAAUAGUUGUCUUAAAACAUUUAUCUUGAGACAUCUAGAAUUUCCAGUCUUUGAUUAUGAUGAUGAUCCCUCAGUUCCACACUCUCAGAUUUUAUCUCUCCUUCUCUAA